AUGUCUCGUUUUCUUUCGUUGCAUGUCCGCAAAAUGCUGCUCAGUCGGUUUCUUUCGAUAGAAAGCGAGCGGCUGUCCUGUCAUGCACUUUUCGAUAUGAUAGCCACAAAAUCGCUUCAAGAAACGAGCUUGCUGAUGAUGAUGCUUCAGCCAUCUCCGAACGCUAUACGCCUGUAUGUUUCUUGA